AGGUGAAGUUAUUAGGUUUACCUAGUGAUGGAGCAAUCAUUGGGGUUUGCAAAAAUGAUCGAGAGGAUGAAGGAGGAGCUCUUCUCUCCAUCAGCCAACCUCUUCGCCCUCUUACCUGUCUCUGCAUAUGAGACGGCUUGGGUUGCCAUGGUGCCUGACCCAGAUGACCUGACUAGCCCAAUGUUUCCUGAGUAUUUGGACUGGAUCCUAUGCAGUCAAAAUAAUCUGGGCUUUUGGUUCGACGAGCAACAUGGUAUUACUAAUGAUCAUCACGAGCUUAUAGAUAAUAAGCGUCAAUGUAACAAUGAUGAUCUUUUGGCCACUCUUGCUUGCUUAAUCGCUCUAAAAACUUGGGAGAGUAAUGAUUUCUCUCAUAGAAUAAACAAAGGACUAAGAUUUCUCAGAGACAACAUGGAGAAAGAAUUGAUGAAUAUGAGAAAGAGAGAAGAGGGUGGUGACAAAGUUGGGCAUGCUCAUUUUCGUAGGUGGUUUUUGAUGGCCGAGCUUGCAAAGGCAAAAGGCUUGAAAGUCUUUUCUGCUCAACAAAUCAGUAAUGAAUUUAUUUAUGAAUUUAAAUUGAAUGAAAAAAAACUUAAAAGUGAAGAGGCCGAAGACAUAAUUACGAAGGAGAGACUUGUAAUGAGAGAGAUUGCAUUUGGAAACUAUGGCUCCACACUACUUUUGCAAUCUCCAUCAGUGACUGCUUGUGCUUACAUGAUUUCCGGAGAUCACACUUACAAAUCUUACCUUCAACACUUGCUUACUAAUUGCCAACACGGAGUUCCUCCCAUGUUCUCAAUGGACAAAGAUUUUAUGAAGCUUUGCAUGGUUGAUCACUUGGAGAGGCUUGGAUGUGCAGAGCAUUUCUCUGUAGAAAUCAAGCAUGUGAUGGAUCACCUAUACGGAAAAUGGAUUGAAGAAGAAUCAAAAGUUCGAAAGAAAGAUGGUCAUGUAUUUCAAAUCUACAAUGAUUCCUUAGCUUUUCGACUAUUAAGGAUGCAUGGCUAUCAAGUUUCUCCAAGAAGAUUUUGUUGGUUCAUUGAUGAUGAGAAAAUGCUAUCGCAUAUGAAAGAUAACUAUGCCUUCUUUUUAGGCCCCAUGCUUAGCAUUUACAAAGCAUCACAUAUUGCUUUUUUGGAGGAUCAAGAUCUUGAUAAGGCUGGAGUGUUCUCCUGGCACAUCUUGCAGAAGGGACUCAAGAGCAUAAAAUCUCAAAAUCAAACCAAUAUUUCAUAUUCAUUAAAGAAAUUUGAAGUAGAGAUUGAGCAUGAGUUAGAGCACAAAUGGCUAGCACGAAUGGAUCAUCUGGAGCAUAGAUUGUACAUUGAAGGAGGAGGGAUCUACAACUUCUGGGUGGGAAAGAAUGCACCGUAUAGGAUCUUACAAAAUAAUGACCUCCUCCAACUUGCUAUUGAUAAUUUUAUGAUGAGGCAAUCAACAUAUAGAAAGGAGCUUCAUGAAUUGCAGAGGUGGUCUAAGGAUACUGGUCUCUCCAUGAUGGGAUUCGGCAGAGAGAAGACAACAUACUGCUAUUUUGCCAUGGCUUCUUCAAGUUGCCUCCCUCUUUACACAGAUUCAAGGAAGGAAUCAACAAAAUGUGCAAUCUUGAUUACAGUUGCAGAUGAUUUCUUUGAUGAGAAAGGCUCAAUGCAUGAAUUAUCCAUCCUAACAGAUGCAGUUCAAAGAUGGGAGGGAGAAUCUCUGACAAGCCAUAGCAAAGUUAUUUUCACUGCCCUCGACAAUUUAGUUCAAGAUAUUUCUCGGAAGUUCCCUAAGAGACAUGGUCAUGAAGUGAAGAAAAUUCUUCAAAACAGUUGGAAAGAAAUAUUCAAGUCGUGGCUAAAGGAAGCAGAGUGGAGCAGAAGUUCUCAUUAUCCAUCAAUUGAUCAAUAUAUUGAAAAUGCGACAACUUCAAUUGCAGUUGAUAUGAUUAUUCUUACAGCAUGCUAUUUGACAAACUCCAAAAUUGAUGCCGAAGAGUUUUGGAACUUCAACAAUACUAUGAUUACUAAAUCUCUUAUGGUUUCAUGUCGCUUGUUGAACGACUUAGAGAGCUAUGAGAAAGAAGCUAAGGCUGGUAAGCCAAACAUAGUUCUAUUGUACUUAAAGGAGAAUCCAAAUGACAAGAUUGAAGAUGCCAUCGCUUUUGUAAGGACCAUUUUGGAAAAAAGGAAAAAAGAACUUCUUCAACUGGUGAUGUCCAGGGAUUCUGCAAUGUCUCAAAUGCCCAGAGAGUGGAAAGAUCUGCAUCUAUCUUUUUUAAAGGUUUUUCAGAUGUUCUUUAAUUCUACGAAUGCAUUCGACUCACCAAAUAUGCUACUGAAUAGCAUUAACAAAGCAAUCUAUGAACCAGUGGAGAGGGAAAUGUUAACAAGUCAACCUGGAGGCUUAAUUAUCAAACAGUUUGAAACAACAAAAACUAAAAUUCAACUACAAAAAGAAAAGUUUAGCAAAUCUAGUAACAAAGGGAAAAUACUGUCAUUUAAUUCAAACAAAUGGCUAGAUCCGUGGAUGAAGAAAAUGUCUCACAAGCUACCUUCUGCUGGUUAUUUCAUGCAAUUAAAUUCUCCCAUAUAUAAAAGUAUGCUUUGGAAGUGAUAGCUAUGGAAGCAUAUCUUGAAGCUUGAGCAAAUGAAGGGAGAAUUAAGCCAGAUAGUUAGGCACUAGCAACAAAAGUAUGCUUUGGAAUUAGUAGCUACUGGAGCAGAGAUUAAUGCUCGAGUUAGAGAAAGAGGCCACGAGCUUUUGAUUUCAACCAUAUAUGCCAUGGAUUAUUUGAGCUGCAUUUCUAUUUCGUAUUUUUAAUAAGGUAUUUGGAUUUGAUAGGUUAAAUAAAUAAAUAAAUGUUAUGCCUUGAUUGUAGUUUUAUGAAGAAGACUGCAUAUGAAUUUCAACUCUUUUUGAGUGAUUAUGGAGGUCAUUUUAAUGUAUCGGUCAAGAGUUUUAGCAAUCAACA